ACCCUGUUCAAGCGCCUGAUUCCUGAACCAUAUGAAGUAGUAUUGCAGUCUGCAGUCCUUCUCUCGCUAAACCAUGACAUCCAACGCGACCUUCUAGUAAUCACCCGAACAACCUGCGUGAUCAUCGACAUCAAGAGUCUCUUUUUCAAGUCUCUUCCUCACAUGCACUUGAUUCCAUAACCUUGCAUCUAAUUUCCUCAUUUGCUCAAACUUCCUCAUGUCAAAAUGGACCGCUCAGACCGCAGGUUCAGCUGACGUAGCACGAAUGCUCAUUGUGGCUCAAACUCGCCGAUACGUUUCCAUGUGCGAAGCGGCUGCGGCUGCCUGGUUGCUCUACGAUUGGCUUAUAAGGCUAGGCGAUGAGAUUGAGCUUAUCUGGAUCUCUGGCAACAGUCCACCAAAGUGUUUAUAUUUUGUAUUACGGUACUUUGGACUCGUCACAGCAUUUGUGUACUUGUUGGAUGCAAUUCCUCCACACAACUGUGAGGGUCGGAUAAUCUUUCGUGCAAUUGCGUACUAUAUUUUACGUAUAAGUCUUGAGCUCAGCCUGAUGAUCAGGAUAUACGCACUGUGGAAUCAAAGUAAGACAAUGGCGAUGACCUUAGCGAUAUUCUUUGGAAUGGUACACACGUGUAACAUCGUAUUACUGUCCAUCAUCGCGACGCACGCGAUGGCCUCCCCCGUACCGUAUCCAAGCACCUGGCCUGUCCGGGGUUGCUUUGUAGUUUCCAACCCUGGAUUUCUUCGUGCUUCCUGGUUGCCCGCCCUUUUCUUCGAAUCGCUCUUGUUCGUGUUGAACACCAUCAAAUGUCUUCAAUAUCGGCCGCUUUCUAAUACGCCUCUUAUGAUUCGUUUAUUUCGGGAUGGAACUGUCUAUUAUUGUUGCAUAUGUAUCGUGUUACUUAUACGCACGUGUUCCGAAUACCAUUCUCGUGUAGGUAUUGUAAUGGACACGUUCAUGACGGCGAUAUUUUCAUACUCGGGUUCAGCACUUAUGUUAAGCAUACGUUCGCUUGCCGCGAAACGUUUUCAGCUUUCCGUCAUUGCUCCCGAAGUCCCAGACAUUGCGCAGCCUUAUGAUCAGGCUGUAUCUGAUUUACCAUCCUCAAGCCCAACAGUGGGGAACCCUCUCGCAAUGUCUUCCCUUCAUCAAGAGCCGUCGACCGCAGGCAACUCAGAAUACGUUGAGGAGACCGUCGGAUCUACCCGCCAACGAUGCACUUGCGAGGAGGGUGACCGAUGCCGAGUGCAUGGCGGCCCUGAUGUUGGGCAAAACGUCGGCUCAGAAGCCAGCAAUGUACAAGUGCCAUCGGAGAUUAGCGUGAAGACGACGACAAGCAGCUGGGCUAGGUUCGGGAGACCAAAGUUGGCGAGAGUCCCUUGGCUUGACGAUUGGAACGCACACAGUUAAGCUGUGUCUUAUAUUGCUAUCGUUUGUUAUCGUUUGUGUUUUCGCAUAUCGUCGUGAAGGACAUGUUCUUGCAUCGCAUUGAUUCUAUCUGUACAUAAUAUAAUACCCCAUCUUCCGCUUCCGGUUUAUAUCAUAUUUUAAUCAGUGCUCGGUCUGCGGACUGGUUUUAUAUUUAUAUGU